AUGGCUUCGAGAUACAGCCUUUCAUUCUAUCUGCGCGCCAUCUUCCUGGUCGCCCUCUUUCUCUGUGGACAUUCAGGUGUCGCGAAGCCCUUGGACAACAAUGCGCCUGGUGGCUGGGGCCAUGGCGUAGGCUUCGAAUCCCAGCAGCUUCCUCUGGGUGGGCAAGCGCCUAUAUAUCCACUACUAGACAACUCCUUUCCAGACGACGAACCGCAAAAGCCGCUGCCUGGCAAACCCGAUCCGGUCGGGGGCACCUUGAAGCGGAUGCUGGAGGCCAUCCAUGUCAUGCAGUCGGAGUAUUUCAAAAUAUUCCUCGGCAAAUGGCCGUCGGCCAAUGAUUGGACUGCGGCCGUCAUGGCCACGCAGGUCUCUGCGACUAUUUCUACUAUCAGUUCGAAUCUAGGCAGUAUUCUGCGCUCUUCUUCCGAACAUGAGGUGGCUGCUGGCGGCCAUGACGAGCACACUUCCCAGCCACGUGAUGUUUUGGCGUUUGAGAAUCUCAUAAAUCAUUAUUUCGAUCACACUGCUGCAUUUUGGUACCGGGAGGACUUUUUCGGCAUUCGGUUUCAAGCGUAUGAUGAUAUGCUUUGGGUGGUGCUCGAAUGGCUGGAGAGUAUCAAGUUUCAAAAUUUGCAUUCUGAGUUACAUUAUUCCUCUAAUGCCAAUGAUACCGAUAUUUUUUCUCGGGUCUGGCAUGGGACUCAGUUUAGAGUGCCCACAGCGCAUCGAUCCAAUGUAUUUUACGAUCUGGCCAGCAGGGGAUGGGACACGUCUCUGUGUGAUGGGGGCAUGAUUUGGAGUCCAUGGUUAACUCCGUAUAAAAAUGCAAUCACGAAUGAACUGUUCGUUUCUGCGAGUGUUGGAAUGUAUCUGUACUUUCCAGGGGACAUCAUCGAUGAUCCGAUGCUGAGGGUCGCCAACGAUGAAUGGGUUUCCAUUCCGCAUAACCCCGCCCAUCUAACAGCCGCGAUCAAGGCGUACAAGUGGCUCAAGAAUUCUCAAAUGACGGGCACAAAUAGCUUAUACGCAGACGGGUUUCACAUCCGGGGCUGGAGCGAGGAAGACCCGGGCUCUCGCGAAUGUGAUAUUUUGAAUACGAUGGUGUAUACCUACAACCAAGGCGUGAUCCUCAGUGGUCUGAGAGGGCUCUGGCUUGCAACCGGCUCUACAGGGUACUUGAAUGACGGGCAUGAUCUUAUCAGUAACGUCAUCAAGUCAACCGGCUGGCCUAAUACUGGUAGCUCUCGAUGGCGCGGUCUAGGAAGAGGAGGUGUCCUCGAGGAGGCCUGCGACAGCUCAGGCACCUGUAGCCAGGACGGCCAGACAUUCAAAGGCAUUUUCUUCUUACACUUCGCCGAGUUCUGUCGCCCCCUACGGCCGCAGGAGGAGCGCAUGAUCCGUAAGCUCGAGCCCGACGGCGUUGACGGCGCAGAAACGCAAAAGGAAGACUUCAGGCUCCACCAGGAGAGAUGCUCUUCCUACUGGUCUUGGAUCGAACACAACGCCAAAGCGGCCUAUAUGACCAUGAACGGGCAGGGAAAGUUCGGAAUGUGGUGGGGUCGGAAAUACCCCGAUCUGGUGCAAAUUCCCUGGGAAACAUCUGAGCUGCCCCAUGGGGCCGUGGAUCAUUUGAAUCCAAACGGGUCGAAUGAGGGCUGGCGGUUUUUCGAGCGUCGGAAGAAGGGGGCUUCGAGUCAGAACGAGGAAUAUACCGGCCCGCGAAUCGUCCAGCCGCAGAGCUCGGGAGAACCUGACGCGCCUCAUCUGGACGUGAACGACCGCGGCCGGGGUCGCACGGUUGAGACGCAGGCCGGUGGCCUGGCGGUGCUGAGAGCGCUGUACCAGUGGGAGCAGUCGUACUCCCAGUUCUCCGAAGAGGAUGAAGAAUAG